AUGUCCCUCCACGCCAACGGCAAAACACCCACCCAACCCUUCAGCACCAACCCCUUCAAAACAAAAAAAGACUUUCAAUCAGCCUGUACAUCUAUUUUAAACCCCCUCCUCCCCCUUUUCACACCCGAUCAAACCCGCGUUAAAAUUGGCUCCACAGCAACCCGCUUCGAUGAGGGUGGCGCACAAUUCGAAGGCUUCGCCCGUCCACUAUGGGGCCUUGCAUCCCUAUUAGCAGGAGACUAUGACUACACCGAAGCUACACGCUGGCGAACAGGCAUUAUCAAUGGCUGUGAUCCAGCUAGUCCCGAGUAUUGGGGUGAUUUGGAGAAUUCCGAUCAGCGAAUGGUGGAGAUGUGUCCGCUUGGAUUUGCACUAGCUGUUGCGCCGCAUGUUUUUUGGGAACCGCUUAGUGAAAAGGAGAGAAGUAAUGUCGGUGGGUGGUUGAGAAGUAUUAAUGGGUUGGAGAUGCCGAAUACUAACUGGCUCUGGUUCCGGGUUUUCGCUAAUCUGGGAUUAAAGACUAAUGGUGCCGAGUACUCUCACUCGCGUAUUGAGGCGGAUAUGGAUCAUCUAGAUACGUUUCAUGUUGGUGGAGGGUGGAGCAACGAUGGACCUAAGAGUCAUCAUCAGAUGGAUUAUUACUCUGGUUCAUUCGCUAUUCAAUUUCUACAGCUGCUGUAUGCGAAGCUGGCGGGAGACUUUGAUCCCGAGCGUGCAGAGCGAUAUCGACAGCGUUCAAAGGAAUUCGCUUUGGAUUUUGUGCACUACUUCGCUUCCGAUGGCAGCGCAAUCCCCUUCGGUCGCUCAAUGACAUACCGGUUCGCAAUGGCCGGUUUCUGGGGUGCAUUAGCCUACGCUGAUGUGGAUCUUCCUCCCCAAUUAACCUGGGGCAUGGUCAAAGGUCUCCUACUCCGCAACUUCCGAUGGUGGUCUACAAAAGAAGACAUCUUCAACAGUGACGGGACACUAAAUCUGGGCUUCUGCUAUGCAAAUCCAUACCUAACUGAGAACUAUAACUCACCGGGCUCUCCCUACUGGUGCUGCCUCUCUUUCUUGGCGCUCGCUCUCCCAGACUCUCAUCCCUUCUGGGCUGAACAAGAAGAGGAGUACCCGAACGCACUACCAGAGAUCAAGGCACUCACGUACCCGAAACAUAUCAUCGUCCGACGGGGUGGACACUCGUUUUUGCUCUCAUCGGGACAGGCGUGUCACUAUGCCAUGCGGGGAACACAGGCAAAAUAUGGAAAAUUCGCGUAUAGCGCUGCGUUUGGGUACUCGGUUCCAACGGGCGCCUAUGAGUUGGAGCAGUAUGCCCCUGAUAGUAUGAUUGCGUUGUGUGAUGAUGCCGCUGGCGAGGUGUGGAAGACGAGACGAGUAGCAAUUGAUGCUCGAUUCGAGUUUCCGGAAGGUGCGGAUGGGACUCCUAUUCUUGUUUCGGGGUGGAAGCCUUGGGAUGAUGUGGAUGUGGAGACGAUUCUCGUUCCGCCGUCUACGGAAACCCCGAAUUGGCAUCUGCGGGCGCAUCGUGUGCGGACUGGACGUGCGUUGAAGACAUCUGAAGGCGCUUUCGCGAUUUAUGGAUGCCGAAGUGAUAAUGGGAGGAUGUUGGGGACGUUGGAGGAUAGUAAGGAGAAUGAAGGUACGGUGCUCAGUGGUAGCAGUGCUUUGGUAGUUUCUUCAGUUGGUGCUGUGGGAAUUACUGAGCUUUUCAAUUCCGAAGUUGGGCGCUCUGGGCGAAUUGUGCUUGCAGAUCCAAACUCGAAUUUAAUCCACGGCCGUACAUUACUACCCUCGUUGGCUGUCGAUGUGGCUGCUGGUCAAGAGAGUUGGUUUGUUUCUGCAAUUUAUGCGUUGCCUACCAGGUCUCGAGGCUGGAAGUCUAUGUGGGAGCAAAAGCCCAGUAUUCCGGAGUGGUUAAUCAAGAGAAUGGGAAAUGAGGCUUAA